ACACUUAAUUUGUUUCCAUUAUAUCAACCAUUCAAUUCCUUCAUUUUUUUCUCUCAUUUCUUAACAUUUUCUGUGUGUGAAUUUCUUCGUCGGAGUUAUGAAGUUCGGAAAAAGUUUGAGCAAUCAAAUCGAAGAAACGUUACCGGAAUGGAGAGACAAGUUUUUGUCAUACAAGGAUUUGAAGAAAAAGUUGAAGUUGAUUGAACCGAAGAGAUCGGUGAGUUCCGGUGAUGGAGACGAUGUUAGGGCUUCUAAGAGGAUGAAAAUGGCUGACGGAGGUUUUGAUAAGGCGCCGGAGAAGGAACCGAUGACUGAUGCGGAAGUUGAGUUUGUGAAUUUGUUGGAAGAUGAGCUUGAGAAAUUCAAUUCGUUCUUCGUUGAGAAAGAAGAAGAGUAUAUCAUUCGAUUAAAGGAGUUGCAAGACAGAGUGGCAAAGGCGAAAGAUCGUAAUGAUGAGAUUAUAAAGAUUCGCAGGGAGAUAGUAGACUUCCACGGGGAGAUGGUUUUGCUGGAAAAUUACAGUGCCCUCAACUAUACUGGGCUCGUGAAGAUACUCAAGAAAUAUGACAAAAGGACUGGUGCUCUUCUGCGCUUGCCCUUCAUUCAGAGGGUCUUGCAGCAGCCUUUCUUCACCACUGAUUUGCUAUACAAGCUUGUAAAGGAAUGUGAGAGUUUGAUCGACCGUCUAUUCCCCAUCAUUGACACCUCGUGUAUUGCCUCGGAAGCUGACGGAAAUGAAACUUCAACUAGCUGCACCAACAAAAACGAGGGUCUACUUAGAGCCCCAAAGGAGCUGACAGAGAUAGAGUAUAUCGAAAGCUUAUACAUGAAGAGCACCAUAUCUGCUUUACGUGCUUUAAAAGAGAUUCGGAGCAAGAGCUCAACGGUUAGUGCUUUCUCAUUGCCUCCAUUGCAAAUCAGUGGACCAGAAGAUACUUGGAAUAAAAUUCCAAUCUUAGAACAAGCAGCCAAGUAGUCUUAACUAUAUCGGCACAGUUGUUUGAUGCCCCCUUGAAUGUGUUCUCUUUUUAUACACCAACUAGUAUUUUUUUUUUCAUUUUUCAGGGUCUGAUAAUUCACAUGUUUUGCAUGUAUUAGAUACUAACACACAUGUAAAAUACACAAAUUUUAAUCUCAAAAGUGUGUGAUGAACUCCCGUCGUUCAUCUCUUUAACUGGUUA